AAUUUGUAUUACGAGCGGGAUCUCGGUAAGCAUCCCGCCCCGCCUGGCAUCAUAUAAACAUGCCCUUAAGAGGUUGUCUAGAGGUAUGAAGGAAUGGGAUCUGGAGCCUUGUUAUAAGCCUUGAGUGUAUUGAAAACUCGUUUUGGGCAACCUUAAAUGAUUGUUGACGUAUUUAUCGUAUCAAUUGUGAAGGGUCCAAGCGUUAUGAACGGCGAUGGAGAAAGCCUUCAGAAGUUAGCUGAUAAAUGUCAGUCUGUCUUAAAGACCCUCGAAUCGAUGAAAAGUCUUAAUAAAAUCAACACUGAUCAUAUGCGAAAGAUUGUGGCUCGUUUAGCGUACUACAAUCAAUCUAGAUGGAGAGAUCGUGCCAGUGUCAUAUUAAGGGAAAGAGGUUCGCCACCGAAUUUUCGAGACUUAACAGAAUUCCUUUAAAAGAGAGCACAAUAUGGGAAUAACCAACUAUAUGGGAACUUAAAAGAUUCGGAAAAAGAUAAUGCCAAUCGCACGGAGAAGGAAGAAAAGAGCCCAUUUCAAGUUUCGCAACUCAGUAUGGAUUCAAACGACCUAGUUCUGCAUACGAAAAAAGAGCUCUAGUAUGCCAUGUUUGUCGAGGAGAUCAUAAUUAACCUGCAGGUGUGCAAGAAAUUCCUCCAUAUGCCAACGGUAGAGAGAAGAAAGGUUGUUCUCGAGUCCAAGUUAUGUUUCCAAUGUCUUUCAACCGGACAUUAUAAGAGAUUUUGCAAGGAAGGCAGAUGUCAAGUUGAGAGUUGUAACAGAAGACACCAUGAGCUGUUGCAUUUGGCCAGUAUAAAGGUAAAAAAUCCAAAGUCGACGAAGUGACAAAACGCGAUGCCACCGUUCAGACGAACGCUGCGAAUAUCCUUCCACAAGUGAGUCGAGGCACGACAGCGCUACUAGUAGUAGCAGUUAAGGUUCAUGGUGCUGACGGUCGAGAGAUAACUACCUAUGCCCUGUUAGAUCAAGCAAGCGAAGCCUCGUUUAUCCAUGCCAACUUAGCAAAGAAACUUAAUUUGAAGGGUUCGAGAGGUACACUGUCAGUGAAGUCGUUGACUGGAACAAUCUCAAUUGAAACAGAAAAGUUAAUGUCGUCUUGGAAUCAGAAAACCAAGCUAGCCACGGUUCGAGAUUAUUAGCCAGAGACGUAAUCGUUACGGACAGUUUAGACGUGCAGCUGAAAGCCGCACCGACAAGGAAUGACGUACGAGCAUGGAAACACCUGUCAGACAUUGACUUCCCAGAAGUUGAAUUGGAGGACAUUCUCGUUCUGAUUGGUGCUGAUAAUCCCGAGGUUUUCAUAACUCACGAAAUCAGAGCAGGUGGCGUGGAGGAGCCUUGGGGAUUCAAAUACAAGUUGAGAUGGGCCUUGAUGGGACCAACAAAUCGGCCUCAGACAAGUCAAGUUGACGUCCAUCUUUUGCAGCGUUCAAACGCCGAUGUGGAAGAUAUAGCUUUUAAGGAUGACGUGAAUCGGUUUUUCUAUGAAGAUGAUCUUGGUGUGGUAACGAGUAUCAAGAAGGCCAUGUCCGUCGAAGAUAAGAAAGCAGAAAAGAUGAUGGAAGAAUAA